AUGCGAGCUGCUAGAUUCCAUGGCGCUGGCGAUAUUCGAGUUGAGGAUGUUCCCGUACCAGAAGCCAAGGCGGGUGAAGUCCUGAUCGAAGUUGAAUGGUGCGGGAUAUGCGGGACUGACCUCCACGAGUAUCUCAUAGGACCGCUGGUGGUGAACAGGAAAGAAAAGCCACAUACAAUUACAGGCGCCCAUGUACCCGUCAUCCUCGGCCAUGAAUUCUGCGGACGAAUAGUGAAGACCGCCGAAGGGUCGGAUCUCAAGCUUGGCCAGGCCGUCAUGGUCGACCCACGUAUCAACUGCAAGUCAUGCCACAGUUGCGCAAGUGGGAUCGAUAAUCUUUGUGGUGAAUGGGGCUUCCUUGGAUUAAACGGAAACAGCGGGGGUUUCUCGGAAUAUGCGGCAGUCGAACCAAAAAUGUGCUACCCUCUUCCCGACGACGUGAACAUGGACGAAGCAAGUUUGAUAGAGCCGUUGUGUGUUGGCCGUCAUGCUCUCGCGGUGACCAGUAUCAAGGACUACUCAAAGCUCAGUGUGCUGGUCCUUGGUGGUGGUCCUAUCGGCUUGAGUGUGAUAUGGAAUCUGCGCGCUGUAGGCGUCGACAAAAUAAUCGUGUCCGAGCCGUCCAAGUUACGACAGGAGCACACGCGAGAUCUGGCAGAUCAUGUGUUGGAUCCAAUCACUGACAAUAUUGGCGAGGGAUGCAGGUUUCUGACUAGUGGCCUUGGAGUGGACGUCGUAUUUGACUGCGCUGGUGUACCGGCCGGUCUUGAGGCGGGCAUGGAUGCAGCAAGGACACGUGCAACUUAUGUGAACGUUGCUGGCUGGGAAAAACCGUUCGUUAUGCCAAUGGCACCAGCCAUGUUCAAGGAGAUGACUAUCAAGUUUUCGAUUGCAUAUGACCACGAGGACUUUGAGCAGGUCACCAAGGAUUUUGUGGCGGGCAAGUUCGAGGGUGUAGGGAAGAUGAUUACGAGCCGGAUAUUGGUGGAAGACCUCGCCGAGAAAGGUUUCGAAGAGUUAAUUCACAAGAAGGAUCUGCACGUCAAGAUUGUGGCCACCCCAAAGAAGACCUUGCUUGAUGAGGCAUCAAGCAGGGGCUCGUCGAACAUUACGACGUAG